CAGCCCCACACACAGCCAGGCCAGGCCCGGCGCCGAGCGGCCCCGCUCCCCCCUCCCCAACCACGGCCGCCAGGCCUCCGUUUCUCCAGCACACUGACCGCCCGCCCGGCCGCCGACAUGGAGCAGUGAGGCGAGCGGCUGUCAGCGGGUUCAUGGACCGGGGGAUCCAGGCCGACGGUCAAGAGCGCAGCUUCGCGGGGGAGGUAGCUGUAUACAUUUGGGAGGUUGGCAUAUCCAAGGAGUGUCAUGAAGUUUUCAGGACCCUUGGAGAGCCAGAAGCUGCCCAUCUUUUUGGAGAAUGCAGUUUCUAGGGAAGAAUGGACGUGGAAAGUGUACGUGCCAAAAUAUCUAACCAAUCAGGACACAGAUGUCUCUCCAGCACAGCGGGAUGAGGUGAUUCAAUGGCUGACUGAACUGAACAGCAUAUUUUACUUUUAUCCAGAAACCCUUUCUCUUGCCAUCACUAUUUUGGACAGGUUUUUGGCUCUGAUAAAGGCCCGUCCAAAAUAUCUGCGGUGCAUAGCCAUCAGUUGUUUCUUCCUGGCAGCUAAAACUAAUGAAGAAGACGAGAUCAUUCCAUCUUUGAAGGAUAUGGUAAAGAAUAGCAACUGUGGUUGUUCGUCUGCAGAUAUUUUGCGAAUGGAAAGGAUUAUACUGGAUAAACUGAACUGGGAUCUGCAUACAGCAACACCUUUGGAUUUCCUUCACAUUUUUCAUGCUAUGCUGAUGUCCAGCCGUCCUCAGUUGCUCAACAACCAGCUGAAGAUGAACCCAACCCGACAUAUUGCACUCCUUACCAGGCAGCUACAGCAAUGUGUGGCCUGUCACCAGCUUCUGCAAUUCAAGGGCUCUACACUUGCACUGGCCAUCAUCAGCCUCAAGCUGGAAACAUCAAUUCCUGAUUGGCUAGCUCUCACUAUUGAUCUGAUGAAAAAAGCAAAGAUUGAUAGCUUACAGUUAAUUCGCUGUCGAGAGCUUGUGGCGCGACACCUUUCCACAAUUCUGCCUUCUCAACCACCCAACGCAGUGUACAUCUACAACCCCUGCAAGCAAACCGUGGUCUCAUGUGGUAGGGGAGUGCUUAAGCUUUAUUCCUCCCCUACCACAGAGCCAGAGAUUAUCAAGGACACCACCAAAAGAAUUGGCAGUACAGCAGCACCACACCGACGCCUGCCUGCUUCAUCCAACUGCAAGCAAGCCUCGGCAAAACGUAAAGUGGAGGAAAUGGAUGUAGAUGACUUCUAUGAUGGGAUAAAACGUUUGUAUAAUGAGGAGAGCAGUCAAGAAGUUGUGGGUAUGGAUGCUGUGACCUCUAGUUGUAGCACAAAUCUGCAGAUUAAAGAGGGUAGUAUCUCCCCAUGUCCUCCACUUCAUCCUGUUACAGUCAUUUAACUGGGCAGCGAUAAAAGUUUACGUCUGAAACUGCCGUAACAAGAAGCAGAUUUAUUGAAGGGCAUACCUUACCAGGCUGAAAUGAAGUGAGCCAAACAUUUUCAUGCUGCUAAUUUUAGUCUAACCAUUUAUUCAAGCACUCGUUAAAAGUAUUAAAAAAAUGAUAUUAAAAAAAUUAAAAGACCCAAAAACUGGAACAAAAAAAGUUGUAGCAAUUUUAAACUGUUUUAUCUCUCGUGUUGUCAGUAUAAUUGCAUCCAUUUCCAAAUCUUGAAAUCUGUUGUGUCAUCUGUUCCCUCUGCAAGUCCACAAUUAACUGUGUGACAUUCAAUUUCAUAAAUUGUUGCUUACUGUCUCAUUUUGACUUGUAGUUCCUUGUGCUUAUAGAUAUGUUUGAUGUGCAUGUUGUCUUCUACAUCCUGAGCCUUUUUGGAGAGGAGAGCUUACGGAGCUUUUCUGAGAUAUAAUGUUAAACAAAAUUUGUCAAGCAAAUACAUAUUCUUGGGUGGCUAACAAACUGCAAACUUCCCAAAGAGCUGAAUUGUGCGGAAGUUUUGGUUAUGCACAAGAACUUUUAAUACUGAAAGGCCGUGCUAAUUUGUUUUAUAAUGGAAACAGCACUUUUGAGAGUUUUAUUUCUGAUGAUUUGGAAGAUGUACUGUUCUUUUGGAUCUGAAGUCAGUUUUUUAAAGGAGGAUGUCAUUGAUUUUAUGUGAAUUCUGUAUUUUAUAAAUUAAUGCUAGAAUCAGAUAACUGAAGUGGUGUACCACUGUUUAGAAUAUGCCUAUUUAUUUGUAUUUUAAUUGAGUUGUGCCAUUUUAGGGAAACCAUGAACUUGCCAUAGAUGUGCAUCAGUUUUGCUUACACACAAUUCUGAGCUUUAUAAGUUUUAUAUUGAAAAAUGCAAACAGUUCACAUCACAGUGGAUUGAUUGGAUUACCAGGAAUUCACAUAAGAUCAAUAAUGAUUCUAUAGGGGCAGUUACUUAAAGUUACACUUUCUUUAGCUCCACCAUGCAUUAAUUGAUCCUGGAAACUGUUGUUUAUUUUUCAUACUUAUUUCUUAAAUCAUCUGACCUGAUGGGCACAGUGCUCUCUCCACAGUCUGAAAAAGGUAUUGCAUACUUUGAAGAACUGCAGUUGUACUGCUGAGGUGCUUCUGGCAGCAAUAAAAUUUGUCCUUGACCAAA